AUGGAUUUUUCAUCAGGAAAAUACAAUACAAUUUUAUUACGUUCUGUUAUUAUGAUAAUAAUCAUUCUUAUUAGUUUCUAUAUUAUGAAAAUAAAACUUGUAACAUCAAUUAAUGUUAUUAUUUCAAAAAAUCAAAAUAUUGCAAAAAGUCAAAAUAUUUCAUUGGGACAAAAUAUUUCAUCAGAACAAAAAAUGGCAUGUAUCGUUUAUAUCCAAGAUAAACUUGGUCGUUUUGGUAAUCGAAUGUUUCUCAUUGCAAGUGCUUAUGGUCUUGCUCGCCUUCAUUCUUGUCAUUUAUAUGUAGAAUUAGAAAUUAUCAAUGAAUUGAAAUCAGUAUUUAUUCUGGAUUUGUCUCCAGUACUUAUCUCAUCAUCGACAUUUAAUUCACUUACUAGGAGCAGUUCAAAAUCAAUGAAUAGAAUCAGUCAGAGCGUUGUUUGCGAUUAUAUUACAACGUUAACUCGUCCAAAUGCAAUUCCAUCAGGAACGAUAUUUGAACUCAUAGGUUAUUGGCAAUCAUAUCUACAUUUUGCUAAAUAUGAUGAAGAACUUCGACAACGUAUUUUUGUCGCAUCACAAUCAAUACUUGGAAAAGUUUCGAAUUUUUUCAUUGAAUUUUAUCAACGACAACUAGAUUAUCGGCCUCAAUUUUUAUUAGAAAAUCAUCAAUCCUUUAAAAAGCAAUUGUCUCAAUUAAAUUCGACUACAUGGAUUGGAAUUCAUGUACGUCGUUCAGAUUUUAUACCAAUACAUUAUUCUUCAGAUGAUGCUUAUUUAUUUGAUGCUAUUAAAUAUUAUACUGAGCGCUAUUCAAAUGCUCAUUUUAUAGUUGCUAGUGAUGAUAAAUCUUAUUGUAAAAAGCUUUUUCGUAAUCGAUCAAAUAUUUUUCUUACACCUCAAACAUUUUCCGUUGGUGAUGAUCUAGUAAUUCUUUCACUUUGUCAACAUUCAAUUAUAACUGGUGGAACAUUUGGAUGGUGGACAGGUUAUCUUGCUGGCGGAGAAGUAAUUCAUGAUAAAAUUUAUCCAUCAGGAUGUUCAAGACGUGAAUAUUAUUAUCCACCAUGGUUUUUAAUAGAUGGAAAUGUACGUGCACAUAAAAAUACUGAGUAUAUUUUAUGA